AUGGCAUCGGUUACUGCAAGUUCUCAGCCACCAAAUCUAGCAGCACUUUUAUUAACUAAACGAAAAAUUGCUGCAAAAGAUAAUCCUAAUGGUAAUGGAGCACAAGGUCAAAUAGCACCUGCUUCUAAUGCUGCUGGUUCUUAUUCAAAUGAUAAAGUACGUUAUCAUCAAGAUAUGCCACCAGCGAAUGAUUUAAAAAAGGCAACGACAUCUGUUGAGAAAACUGAACAACCAAAAGUUAGUCGAAAACCGAAACAACUUGAAGUAUCACAACUUGAUAAAAAGAUUGAUGAAAUUAAUCGUAAAACAGAAGCAAAAACAAAUGAAACUAUGGAUCAAUGGAAAAGUUAUGAUGUUGUUAAUUAUCCAAUGACACCUCAAGCACCAAACCAAAAACAAACUCCUGUUCCACCUGUAUCCCAGAAACAAAGUACAUCUCCACCUGCCCCAAAAACAAAUCCAACAUCACAAGUCAAAAAACCAGAGGAACCUGUUGCUGUACCAUCAAAACACGAACCAGUUGUUAAACAGAAACCUAUUGAGAAACAACGAUCUCCAACACCAAAAGCAGCAACUCAUAAACGUGCGACUACUCCAGAGAAACGUCGAUCUCCAACACCAAAAGCAGCAUCUCCAAAACGUGCGACUACUCCAGAGAAACGUCGAUCACCAACACCAAAAGAAACAGCUCCGAAACGUGCGCCUACUCCAGAGAAACGCCGAUCACCAACACCCAAAGCAGUAACUCAUAAACGUACUCCUACUCCAGAGAAACGCCGAUCACCAACGCCCAAAGCAGUAACGCCGAAACGUUCUCCCACUCCAGAGAAACGCCGAUCACCAACACCAAAAGCAGUAACACCGAAACGUUCUCCUACUCCAGAAAAACGCCGAUCACCAACACCAAAAGCAGUAACUCCGAAACGUUCUCCUACUCCAGAGAAAGCUCGACCAAAAUCUAGAUCACCAACGAAGAAGGAAGAACCUCGACAGCAAACUCCUGUUCGACACAAAACCAUCGAAAAGCCAUUAUCUCCGGCACCACCACCAUAUCGUCCACUUUCUCGACAGAAAACUAUUCAAAAGGAACCAACUCCUCCUCCUCGUCGAAAACCUGUCGAAAAGCAAUCAACUCUUCCUCGUAUUCCUUCUCGACAAAAAUCAAUCGAGCGGCAACCGCCUACACCUCCUCCACGUCGUUCUAAAGUUAAAUCAGAAAAUUCAUUAUAUGAAGUGAGAAGUCCUGAAGAAGUACAACGAAGAUCUGAACCACCUCCACCAAUAUCACCUAUUACAAAAAAUAUACAACCUUUUGAACAGCCAUCUACACCACCACAUCUCAAUCAUACUUUCAAACUUUUUCCAACUACAAAACCGAAGGACAUUGCAAUUACUCGAAAUGCUUAUAAAAGUAUUCAACGUAGUAUGGAUCGAUAUCGUUUCCAUGUAUGGUAA